AAGAUCUCCUUGCUUUCCUCAGAGCCCGUCACUUCUACUCUGGGAUGUUUACAGGAACUUCAUGAGCAGCAUCAGGACCAAGUGUUUGCCAGAGGGAAAAAGACAUGCUCUGAAGAAACUUUUGGUUCAGGGAUCACAGUGGAUGCCACAGGUGUAGCCGCUGGGCUCAACAGAGUAAUGGCUGUUCAGACUGCAAUCAUGAACCCUCAGUUCAUGAAUUUCUGCUUCCAUGGUUCUGUGAUGGAGUACGACAUGGAGAAAAGUCUGGAUGGGAGUCUCCUGGGUGAGGCAGAACAUGACGAGGACUACAAAGAGACCACUAGGGACUUGCUGAGCUUCAUAGACUCAGCCUCCAGCAAUAUCAAGCUGGCUCUGGACAAGCCGGUGAAAUCCAAAAGGAAAGUUAACCACCGGAAGUAUCUUCAGAAGCAGAUCAAAAGGUGCACUGGCAUUAUAACACCAGGAAACGUAGCAGAGGUCCCAGUAAAAAGACAGGGAUCCCCCCUGGCUCAGCCCAGCCCUUUGCAGAGCAAAACUCUACCCAAACGUGAUGGGGUCCAGGCCAACCUGCAGAGCAAGAGCUUGGCAGCCCUCUUCAGCCCUGUGAAGGAUAUAAGAGGUGAAAAAGCCAAGAAGCCACCCCUGAGGCAUCGCAAUCUGCCCCCCUCUUUUUUCACUGAGCCUGCCAACUGCUCCAAAGUCAGCUCCACAUCUGGGAUGACGCUGAAGGACUUGGAACGAGGCAAUCCUGAGGCUGCAGAGUUCUUCGAGCUCUUGGGGCCUGAUUAUAGCAACAUGGUCAGCGACCAGGACCUUUAUCAAAGCAUGCCUGCCAGAGUGCAGCCAGAGAUGGGGGUCCCCGAUCCUGCUUCCUAUGAUGCUCACCAUUUAGUCGGCGGUCUCCUCUACUCUGAGCCUUGGACUAGCUGCUCAGGACCCUCUAAGAAACUAGGGGACAGCCUACGUACAGGCCCAACCCAGCCGCCUGUCUACUGUACCUCAGAGGCUGCCUCUGGGCCCAUAGAGGACAACGCACUGUGCACUUUGGCCUUUCCAAACUUCUUCACAGACUGCUCCAUACCUCAGGUCACUUAUGAUUUAAGUGGUGGUUAUAACAGAGCUAAUUAUUCAUCUCUAUGAGAAACCGACAACUCUGUUCUUAGAAGUACUGAUAACAUGCAGAUAAAAUUGCUGUGACAGGUUUAACACUAGUCUAAGAGAGUUUGAUAUUACUGUAUUUGUUUUUCUAUUGUGAAAGUCAUAUUGCAACCAGAUUUAAAUGUUUAGUAUCAUCCCAUCUCAACAACAAUGUGUGUCACAGUGAAACAAUGAACUUUAAGUGUUGUCUUUCAUAAAAAAAGUCCAAAGCUGUUCAAAUAACUGGAUACUUGUCAACAUCUUACAGUUCUGUUAAAUUGUUUCACAUCAUUUUCCUUAUCUCAGGCAAUUUGCUUAUGACAUUCUGUGUCAAAACACAUCUAACUCAGUGUGUGCUUCAUUUUUGUUAGCAGAGUAUUUGAAUAUGUUCACUAAGAUGCAUCUCAUCAGUUUGGAGUUUGUUAAUUAAGUCAUUUCAUCACAAUAUUUUCUUAUUUCACCAAACAAAAACAUACAAGUUGCAAAUAGUUGUUGAUUUAGUUCACUAAACAUCACUUAAAGAUAGAAAAUGAGAUUAUAGAGCUGUUUGUCACAUUUGGAAAAAAAACCAAAACAAAAAAAAACACAAAACAUUUGGAUAAAAAAACAUGCUGCAACAAUCUUUCAGUGAGGAACUUUUUGUUCUUGUAAGUAACUGCUCUGUGUAGCGAUGUACAGUGGGGGGGGGGACUCAUUUUGAUGAAGUGAUAAUGACAGCAAUGUGUGAUGCCAUGUUUGUUUUACAACAUUUUACAGCUCAGAAGUGAUUUCCAACUAGCAGAGUUGCCACUCAUAUCCAAAUUGUUGGAAAAGCCUUAAAUGUAUCUAGCUAUUGUGAGAUGACAAAAUAAAGCUGGUCUUUAUUACUGCGA